AUGAAUGUGAGGAUCAGUGUAACUGCUGAUGAUGAUGGUCAUCAGUGUAACUGUGCUGAUGAAGAUGAAGGUCAUCAGUGUAACUUUGCUGAUGUUGAAGAAGGUGAUCAGUGUCGCUGUGCUGUGGAUGAUGAAGGUGAUCAGUGUAACUGUGCUGUGGAUGAUGAAGGUGAUCAGUGUCGGUGUGCUGUAGAUGGUGAUCAGUGUAACUUUGCUGUAGAUGGUGAACAGUGUAACUGCGCUGUGGAUGAUGAAGGUGAUCAGUGUAACUUUGCUGUAGAUGGUGAUCAGUGUAACUUUGCUGUAGAUGGUCAUCAGUGUAACUGUGUUUUGGAUGAUGAAGGUGAUCAGUGUCGCUGUGCUGUGGAUGAUGAAGGUGAUCAGUGUAACUGUGCUGUAGAUGGUGAUCAGUGUAACUUUGCUGUAGAUGGUGAACAGUGUAACUGUGUUGUGGAUGAUGAAGGUGAUCAGUGUCGCUGUGCUGUGGAUGAUGAAGGUGAUCAGUGUAACUGUGCUGUAGAUGGUGAUCAGUGUAACUUUGCUGUAGAUGGUGAACAGUGUAACUGUUCUGUGGAUGAUGAAGGUGAUCAGUGUCGCUGUGCUGUGGAUGAUGAAGGUGAUCAGUGUCGCUGUGCUGUGGAUGAUGAAGGUGAUCAGUGUAACUGUGCUGUAGAUGGUGAUCAGUGUAACUUUGCUGUAGAUGGUGAACAGUGUAACUGUGUUGUGGAUGAUGAAGGUGAUCAGUGUCGCUGUGCUGUGGAUGAUGAAGGUGAUCAGUGUCGCUGUGCUGUGGAUGAUGAAGGUCUGGUGACAGAGCCCUGUACAGUGAGGCUAGAACCAACACUGAAGAGAGGCAUCAAGGAAGUUAAGACCACCAACAAGAAGAAAAUUAAGGAUCACUUCAACAACAACGACCCUCAGCAGGUGUGGAAGGGCAUCCAGCACCUCACCAAUCACAAGACCAGAAGCGGCGCAACAGUUAAAGGUGAUGCCUCACUGGCAGAGGAGCUUAACUGUUUCUUUGCUCGCUAUGAGGCCAAAGCAGCGGAGAAAGACACAAGACCUCCACCAGCCUCCCACAACCACAUCCUCACUGUGCAGGAGCAUGAGGUGAGCACUCACACACCUGGAGCACCAGGGGAGCUAUGUGAGGAUGCUCUUCAUAGACUUCAGCUCAGCACCGUCAUCCCCCACAGACUGGUGACCAAACUGACAGCUCACAGACUUUCACAACCCACCUGCCUCUGGAACAGAGACUUUCUGACCAACCACACCAUCAUUCCUCCACCCUCAAACUCAGCACCGGAGCACCACAGGGGUGUUUAG